AUGGCACGUUUGUUACAACCUGAUGCUGAAGGGUUCGCCAUUGCAGCGGAGCAAUUGCGUCUCGGAAACUUGAUUGCGUUCCCUACUGAGACUGUCUACGGUUUGGGGGCCAACGCUUUGAAUCCAAAGGCCGUGCUGUCAAUUUUUACUGCCAAAGCACGUCCGCUCACGGAUCCGUUGAUUGUGCACGUUCCAGCACUAGAAGACGCAGUGAAGCUCGUGGACUUGACACCGAUGGGUUGUCAAGUUUUCCAUUGUCUCGGCAGAGCUUUCUGGCCUGGACCCUUGACUCUGAUUGCCAAAGCGAUUUCAGAUUUACCACUUACCUUGUCAGCCAAUACGGGGUUCGUCGGGCUUCGGUGUCCGGAACAUCCCGUUGCACAGGCACUUUUGAAAGCAGCCAAGGUCCCAGUGGCCGCUCCAAGUGCAAAUCGAUUUGGUCACGUGAGUCCGACAACCGCCCAGCACGUUCUGGAUGAUUUAGGCUCUUGUGGAAACUUGAGUAUCUUGGAAGCAAAUGACGAAGGGUGCUGUAAAGUCGGUAUUGAGUCGACCGUGGUGAAAAUCGUGCCAGAGGAGCACAAGCUCAUUGUGUUUCGACGUGGGGGUGUAUCGGAGUUAAUGCUGAAACAGGUGCUUCGGGAGAAUGCUGAAUUGCUUGGCGGGCAGUAUGAAGUAGUGACGAUUCAGGAGGAAGCCACGCUGCAGACGAAGGAGGCACAACAAGCACCUGGUCAGAUGAUUACGCACUACGCACCGGACGUCGAUACGUAUUUGUACCAGGCUGACGCGUCUGAGAAAAUGGACGCGUCGAGUGCACAGGAUAUCAGCCGGUGGGUAGUCAUUGAUUUCCAUAGCAAGUUGGUUGGCUUGAAGAACCGCGUGAGAGCUUACCUUGAUCUUUCGCCAACGGGCGAUGUAGUUGAGGCUUCGCAACGCAUUUUUGACUCGUUGCGCUGGUCGGAAAAUGUCGAGGGCGUCGAGCGCAUUGUGAUCACAGGAGUGGCUUCCGAGUCUCAUCAGCAGGCUGCCGCACUGCAUGACCGUAUGUAUCGAGCAGCGUCAGGCAAGCUACGUGCUCUCCACUUAUCAUGA